AUGAAGACAGUGGGUCUCAUUGGCGGCUUUUCAUGGAGGACAACUGCACUCUACUACCGAGAGAUCAACCAGCAUGUAGCUUCAAGACUUGGAGGCAUACAUUCUGCUGAUCUCCUGAUCAGAUCUAUCGACUACUCAGAUCUUGCAGCUAGAGUGAAUGCGAAAGAUUACAAUGGCAUGAGUAAACUGCUUUGCCGGUGUGGCCAUGAUUUGAAGGCAGCUAGAGCACAAGCACUGGUCUUAUGCGCCAAUGUCGCUCAUAAAGCGGCUGAGGAUUUACAAGCAUCAACAAGAUUACCAGUCCUACAUAUCGUGGAUUUUACAGCACAAUUGAUUGUCGAUCGUGGCUUCAAGAAGGUUGGACUGCUCGCAACACAAGCUGUGAUGGAGGAAGAGUUUUAUAUUGACCGGCUGCGAAGGUUUGGACUGGAGAUUUACGUUCCAGACCAGCACUUCAGGUCUGACGCCGACCGUAUGAUAUUCGACGAAAUGAGCAAGGACAGGAUUCCCGAUGACAUCAAAGCAAAGUGGCAUGCAGCAUAUAUGCAACUCUUGCAAGAUCAUCAAAUUGAUUGUGUCAUUUUGGGAUGCACGGAGCUGCGACUUGUUUUCGACCAAGAAAACCAGAAAGUCCCAACUUUUGAGACAACGACAAUACACGCUCGCGGCAUUGCAGAAUGGGCUCUCGGUGAAGUCCACGCAGUUUGA